UUCCUCGAAAUUUUUGAACUUUCCGCUGGUGAUCUUUCCGUCGACUUCACUAACGCAGGAAUCAACCUCGGGGUCUGGUACGUACGCGCCUUUAUCAUUUUCCGUCCGCUGUCGAAUCCGCGUUACUCUCUUUUCGCAAGAGUUGUAAUUCUUUCGCUCCUUUCGUUCCCUUUUUUUUUUUCUUGCAGGCAGCGACUAACCGACGACAACUUGGUGUUUGCAGAGUCAAAAUGGGUGCCCUCAAAUACCUCGAAGAGCUUCAGAAGAAGAAGCAGAGCGACGUCGUUCGCUUCCUUCUUCGCGUUCGCUGCUGGGAGCUUCGCCAGUUGAACGUCAUCCACCGGGCCUCGAGACCCAGCCGCCCCGACAAGGCCCGCCGCCUCGGCUACAAGGCCAAGCAGGGCUAUGUCAUCUACCGCGCCCGUGUCCGUCGCGGUGGCCGCAAGAAGCCCGUCCCUAAGGGUGCCACCUACGGCAAGCCCACCAACCAGGGUGUGAACCAGCUCAAGUACCAGCGCUCCCUCAAGUCCACUGCCGAGGAGCGUGUCGGCCGCCGCUGCGCCAACCUCCGCGUCCUCAACUCCUACUGGAUCAACCAGGACUCUACCUACAAGUACUUCGAGGUUAUCCUUGUCGACCCCCAGCACAAGGCCAUCCGCCGCGACCCCCGCAUCAACUGGAUCGUCAACCCCGUCCACAAGCACCGCGAGUCCCGUGGCCUUACCUCCACCGGCAAGCGCUCGCGCGGUCUCAACAAGGGUCACCGUUACAACAAGACCCGCGCUGGCCGCAGAAAGACCUGGAAGCGCCACAACACCCUCUCCCUCUGGCGUUACCGGUAAACGGCUCGCCCAAGAGGUCCGUAGUCUACGGGAUCUGGCGCUGGCUCUGGCUGUUCUGCUCACUGGCACGCUUUUUGGCUGGGUCUUUGGGAAACAAGGGAACUUCUGGUUGUCGUGCUCCUCUUCAUGGUCUCGACAGCGACGGUGUCUUGAUUGCAAAUCAUCAUUGCUGGGACACAACGGAAAGAAGGGUGAAUCC